AUGGCUUCACGUCACGGCCGUGGCCUCUUCGAAGACUCGCCGGAGUCCGACGGAGCAAUGUCGCAUCCAGCUGAAGGAGGUGGCCCAGUCGAGGACACAGACACAUACACAAGCACAGGCACAGGUAUAAACACAGAUGCAGGUGAAUACGAUGGCCUCUUCUUCGCAUCGCCAUCGCCAUCGCUACCAGCAAGCCCACCUCCAGGUGAAGCCCAGCGCAAGGGGCCGGAAGAUGAUGUCUCGUCUCUGGUCUGUGAAGCGAAGAAAGUCACUGCAUUGAAUCCCCUUGUGGCGGAUUUCAUGACGGGCAACAAGGGCCAUAACAAGCAGCUCUUCUCAACUCUCAUCCGAUGCCAGUUGCAACUGAUCAAAGGCAGAUCUCCGGAUUUUCCAGACAGCCAGGUCACCGUCUUCGACAAGGCGCUGGUGGAAUUGACUAAUAAUGGUCGUGAGCUGGAGACACCGGCAGUCGUCAAGUUCUUCUGUGAGCAUUACUUGAAUAUCCACGAUAAGACUUCGGCCGUCGAGACCAAACGCAACCUCGGGAUGGCUGUGGCUGUAUCACAUGGAUUGAGGAAGAGCCAAAAACAAGGUGCAGCGGUUGGUGCCAACAAAUCGGAACAAGCAGCCACCAACAAGGGCCCAAAGAAGAGAUUGGUGCCAGGGAGCUUUGUCUUGCCUGAUGAUUAUGCAAAGGCGGGAGCAUCUGCUGGUCUCGAUGCCAGCAAGGGGCCAAGUGCAACUGCGAGUGCCAGUGAGGACGUGAAGAUGACCGACGUCGCCCACGGAGUACCAUCAUAUACGGUAGACGGAAAACUGGAACGCCUCUGGGAUUUGUACAGCAGUGCGAAACAAGAGUUUGUGAAUCUGUCCAACAACAACUGCCCACCAGACAAUUUGAUCCCGGCAGCCAAGUUUCUUCGCGACACCGCUGAGAACACACUGCAGUAUGUUGAGGGCAAAUACAUCGACACAGGGAGGAUGGACGACCUUGAGGCGACGUUCAAUAUGGCCAAAGUCACCGUGGUUUCUUUGACAGGAGGCAAGAAGCGCAAGUUCGACCAUGUCAGCAAGGAAGAGACAAAAGAUGCGCCGCGCGGACCUGGCUUCGGCACAAACAUGAGCAUGAGAAUGGGUCCUGGUAGCCACAGCCCUGAGAAGAGAACUCGCCGCCAACGACGUGGAUCUGGCUAUGCAUCUGGUUCUUUUGGGACAAUGAUGUCCUUGUCAUCCUCCUUGCAACCCGGUCGAGGUGGUGUUGCUACUGCAGCUGGUAGUGAGGCCAUCCGAGGCCGCGAUCGUGAUGGUCCCGCUGAAGGCGAUCGCUACCGUCCUGGUCGCGAGCAUACUCAAGCAUUCAGCAUCCGCGGCCAUCCUCGUGGCAGUGAUGGUGGAAUUGGCGGUGGUCCUGGAGAUGACGCUCAGAAACGCACCCAGGCAGAGAUAAGAGCUGCAGAAAUCGCCCGACUUCCUCCUCGUCCGCCUGCUCCUGCCGCAUCAACUUAUCGUCCUCCGAGAGGCCAUAGCGGUAUCCCAUUUGGGUACACAAGAGACGUUGACUCGUAUCAGCCAGGAAAAGACAAGUGA